CCAAGGAGAACGGUCAGUGUUGAUUAGUGUUAACAAACAAACGCACAUUUGUAACUUAAGUUCUUUAGAUAAUACAAAUCAUAAAUUAAUUAGUGAAAAAUGAAUGACAAUAAAGAAAAUGGUGUGGAACUUACAAAUACCGAAAAAAAUUGUGAUACAGCCAACGUAAAAAGUGAAGUGAAAGAAGAACCACCAGUCUCAUGGUCUGAGCGGAUUAAGAAAUUAGCCAAUUGGUUUACAGUUGAACCUUGCUUGAUACUUUAUUUCCUCGCUCUUAUUGUAGGAAACAUAGCGAUAGAACAAUUAAACCAAGAGAAAGCAUGUCGCAGCUAUUUAAAUUACAACGAAACUAUUUGUACAGACAUUAUCAAAAAUCUCAAAAAUGAUAACAGAACUAAUGAACUCCGAACAGAGAUUAUCAUAGCUGUAAAUGAUAUAAAAGCAUGGCAGUAUCCAAUGCAGAAGGGUAUCCCUGGAAUACUUGUACCAUUCAUCGGAGCUUGGAGCGACCGCACUGGAAAUCGAAAAGUUUUGAUAAUGAUGCCGGUCAUAGGAGAAAUUAUAUCAAAUUGUGGACUGUUCUUCACUACGUAUUAUUUUGUAGAAUGGCCUUUGUGGCUCACUGCGUUAAUAGAAUCGUUACCAACGGCAUUAUCGGGUGGUUUUUCAAUACUUUUGUUGGGUGUAUUCAGUUACAUUGCUGAUGUGACUACCGCAGAAGCACGCACAUUUAGAAUGGGAAUGUUAGCUAUCAUUGUGCCUUUAUGUUCUAUAUUUGGACAAUCAAUAAAUGGUAUUUUGUUAAACGCAGUCGGCUAUUACGGGGUUUUCACGAUUAUACUAGCUUUACACUCCUUUGCCCUUAUCUAUAUAUAUAUCAGGAUAUACGACAUUAGAAACGAAGCGACGGAAGGAACAUUCAUAGCAAAGUUAAUAAGUUUCUUUAAUCCGUACAACAUUUGGGAUACUAUAUCUUUAGUAAUAGUUAUUCCUUUACAACAAAGGAUAAGAGUGAUUCUACUGCUUUGUGCAUUUGUUUUUAUUACGGGUCCGAUUGAAGCCAAAGGAUUACUUGUAUACGGAUACCAGACUCAUAGAUAUCUCAUGAGUGCUGUGGAGAUAAGUAUGUUCAAUACAUACGCCACAUUAUUGGGAAUAGCUGGAACUACUGUGGCAAUAACUGUUUUCAGUAAAUACCUGAAAAUGCAUGAUUCCUUCCUAGGGAUUAUAGGUACUGGAUGCAAAAUAGUUUCAUGUGUAGUUUAUGGCCUAGCACCAACAAAGCAAUGGUUUUUCGCGGGGCCAGCGUUUGAUAUAUUUGGAAAUGUAGGAGUGACGGCUGUCAAGUCGAUUGGAACAAAAGUUGUUGAUCCUGAUAAAGUUGGUAAAAUGCUCUCUUUAUUCGGAUUAACGGAAUCCUUGCAGACAUUAGCGUUCGUACCAUUGUUCAGCCGAAUUUAUACAAAUACUAUAAAUACAUUGCCCGGAGCAAUCUUCUUUUUAGCAAGUAUUUUGACUCUACCAGCAUUCAUCAUAUUUGGAAUACUGUACUACGUACAGAAGAAACAAGAGCGAGACGUCGUCGAGAACCCGGCUGAGAAAGAGAAGCACGCUUAUGACAAUGACGUCACAGCUCUGUAAAUUACUUGUUGUCUUUUUAAUUUGAAAUUUUAUUUUAAAACCAGUUUUUUUUAAUCAUGUACAACUGGCGACUUCUCAACCUGUCAACAUGCAUUUCUUUUCUGCUUUUGAGUGAUCACUUGUAAUAAUCCAUUGAAAUGUUACAUUUUUUAGGCCUUACCUUGCGUUUUUUAGAGGACGCUAUUUUAUUUUUUUGAA